CCACCAACGGUUGACCAAGUUGAUACCUUCUUUGCUUACUUGCAGCACCAUGCAUAUGUGACAACUUCUAAGCUCUGCAGAAGUUGUUUCUGUUCCUCUUCUUCCUUCCUUCGAGGCUUCCACCACCCCCCACCACCACCGCCGCUCUUUCUCCAGCCAUGAGAUCGAGAGCCACGGGAACUUGCUUCCUGGCUCUCCAGUUCAUCCUAUUCUUCACUUUCAAUAUUGCCGGCGUCAGUCCUCUGUCCUUCAAGCUGAAUUUCACCGAAUCCAACUAUACUGCGUCCACCGCAAUCAAGUUCCAGGAGGAUGCCUUCUACAACAAGGGGAUCAAGCUGACCAAGGACGAGCUCAAAGACGAGAUCACGAACAGUGUAGGCCGAGCAGUCUACGCCGAUCCAGUGCUCCUCUGGGAUACCACCACUGGUCAGUUAGCCGACUUCUCAACCCACUUCACCUUCAGGAUAACUGCCACAAACUUAACCGCAACCAACAAUCCAUACGGUGAGGGCCUAGCCUUCUUCCUCUCACCGUACCCUUCGGUGGUUCCCAAUAGCUCCACUGGUGGUUUUCUUGGCCUCUUCAGCAAUGGGAGUGAUCAGAAUGACCCAUCCAAUGAGCUCGUGGCUGUUGAGUUCGACAGCCACAAUAACACAUGGGAUCCAAAAGGCGACCAUGUGGGCAUCGACAUCCAUUCAGUUGUAUCCGUAGACAAGGUGUUGUGGAAUAGUAGCAUUAAUGAUGGUCGCAUAGCCAAUGCGUGGGUAAGUUACCAGGCCAGCUCCUUCAACUUGAGCAUCUUCUUGACGUACCUGGAGGAUCCACAAUUCAGUGGCAACUCCACCUUAUCUUAUUCAGUUGAUCUCAGAAAAUACCUCCCAGGCAAAGUGGCCAUUGGCUUCUCAGCUGCCACGGGUAGAUUUGUUGAGCUCCAUGAGAUACUUUACUGGGAAUUCAAUUCUACGGAUUUGCAGCUGAUGAAGACUGAGAAGAUGAGAAGUGUACUGGUCAUAAGCUUGGCUACUACCAUAAGUGUCAUGGUAUGUUCUGUGUGCUUGGUUUGGUGCCUUCUGCAUUUUAGGACUAGGAGAUCAAGAAAUGAGAAACAAAAGAAGCUAGGGUAUCAUGAGUCCAUUGAUGGUGAAUUUGAAAAAGGGAGUGGCCCAAGAAGAUUUCGGUACAAUGAACUUGUGGCCGCCACAAGGAACUUUGCUUUGGAGAGGAAGCUUGGAGAAGGAGGAUUCGGCGCAGUCUACCAGGGCCUUUUGAAGGAUCAAAACCUCGAUGUUGCCAUAAAGCGAGUGGCAAAGGGGUCUACACAGGGAAGGAAGGAGUACAUAUCUGAGGUCAAGAUCAUCAGCCGGCUGAGGCAUCGCAACCUUGUGCAGCUUGAGGGCUGGUGUCAUGAGCAUGGAGAGUUCUUGCUUGUCUAUGAGUUCAUGCCAAACAGGAGCUUGGACACACACCUCUAUGAUAACAGUAAUUUGCUAACAUGGCCAUUGAGGUUCAAGGUCACCGCAGGUGUUGCAUCUGCCCUCCUGUACCUCCACGAGGAAUGGGAGCAAUGUGUCAUUCACCGUGAUAUCAAACCGAGCAAUGUCAUGCUUGAUUCUGCAUUCAAUGCCAAGCUUGGUGAUUUUGGGCUCGCGCGGCUCAUUGACCACGACCGAGCCUCGCAAACUACAGUGUUAGCUGGGACAAUGGGUUACAUGGCUCCAGAGUGUGUCACCACUGGCAAGGCAAUCAAAGAAUCUGAUGUCUACAGCUUUGGGAUUCUUGCAUUGGAGAUUGCAUGCGGAAGGCGACCAGUUGUACUAAAGGAAGACGAUGACAAGAUCGUAUUGGUUCAGUGGGUAUGGGAUCUCUAUGGAAGAAACAAGAUUCUUAAUGCAGUUGACAGCAGGCUUGAUGGCACAUUUGAAGAUAGAGAGGCAGCGUGCUUGAUGGUCGUCGGACUGUGGUGUGCACAUCCAGAUUACAAUCUCCGACCUUCGAUUCGUCAGGUCAUAAGUGUACUGAAGUUUGAAGCACCAUUGCCAAACCUUCCCCCGAAGAUGCCAGUGGCCAUGUACUUUGCACCGCCAAUUUCUCUGUGCAGGUUUUCAUACACCUCAUCUGAUGGGACACUCAAGCAGCAGGAGCUGGAGAGGUCCAAUGGUUAUGGAAAAACAAGCUCAUCCACUGCAACCAAUGCAUCCAGUUCACCUCCUUCUGUGCGGUUGCCAGAGGUGGGCUACUAAGUCUGGCAGUUCCUUUCUAUAUGUUCAACAUGUUAACACUUUCGCUUUUGUUUGGUGCCGACUGUAUUAGAAUGGCACUAAAGUUAAACUGCAGAGAUGUUGUUAUUAACUCUGGCUGGAUGUUGCCAACAGUUUAAUUCAGUUACUACUUUUGUAUAGAUUGGCUACCUGUAGAACAUAAGCAACGAAAUGUAUCCUGAGUGAGUACCUAGAGUGGUGUUGACAGUUGUUGUCUUGUUCAUUUUUAUUCAGCAAGUUAAUUGCGCAUUUGUAUU